AUGUCUCAACAGCAAACAAAAAACUGUAUCACAUUGCGAGGCUCAGCGCAAAUACUUUGUGAAUAUUUAAAAUUUGCCAUAAACUCAGUAUUAUUUCAAAGAGGCUUGUACCCACCUGAAACUUUCAAAGCCGAGCAACAGUAUGGAAUAACUCUCCUUCUUUCAGAAGACCCUCUUAUAAAGGAUUUCUUAACAAAUUUACUGACACAAAGUGAAGAAUGGAUUGUCAACAAGAAAGUAGACAAAUUGUCCUUAAUAAUAUUAAAUGUCGCCACCAAAGAGGUUUUAGAGUGUUGGGAUUUCAAUGUUCAGUAUGAAGACGGUGAUGUUGCCUUAUCCAAAGAAAAGAAUGAGACAGUCAGUAGCAAAGACUUAAAGAAGAUAAAACAGGAAAUUCGCGAUGUUAUGCUACAAAUUGCCGCAACUAUUUCUUACCUACCAUUCCUUGACUGUCGAUGCUCAUUUGAUGUCUUAGUGCAUGCCAAACCUGACUGUGAUAUUCCUGAGAAGUGGGCGGAAGCCAAGCCAGUGGAAAUCACAAAUGCUCAAAAUGUACAGUUAAAAUCAUUCUCUACUAGCUUAAACAAAAUGGAAACUAUUGUUAGUUAUAAGCUUACUGAUUAA